AUGUCCCUUCCCCCCAUCCCCCGGCUCGACCCCGCCGCCUUCCGCUGGCACCCGUCACCGGACGACCCCCGUGCCGUGCGGCGCCUCGGGCUCGGCACCGAAGCGUGGGUCGGCCUGCGCGGCCCCAACUCCCGCGGCCAAUACGACAACUACCUCAGCACCACCCUCCGCGUCGAGACUGCUGGUCUCUCCCUGGCCGGCCUCGCGCGCCAUUUCGCCGACGCGCUGCUCCACGUCCGGUUCCACCACCCCGAGGUCGCCUGCACCACCGCCUGGGCCUCCGAGUACGGCCCCCCGCACAUCACCUACACCCCUCCGGCGUCCGACGCCGAGGCCCUGCAAUGGGCCCGGGCCGCCGUCACUGCGAGGCCUACGUCUCAGACCGGGCUGCAGGUCGCGGCCGAGAUUGGCAAGCAGCGCCAGAUCGACCCCGCCAAGUCCCUCCCGCCCGUGACGCUCGUCGUCGUGGCCGACGUGCAAGGCGAACAGGCGCCGCUGGCGGCCGGCGCCCGCGUGGAUGUGCUCGGCGUCUUCAACCACAUCCACUGGGACAGUAUCAGCUCGCGCGUCUUCGUGGGGGAUCUGCUGCGCCGCCUUGGGGAACAGCUGGGCGCCGGCGAGGCUGAGCCGGCAUUGUCGCAGUAUGCGUGGGGCAACGAGAUUGCUAACCUGAACUUGCCCGUUCUCGACGCGUGCAAGGUCGAUGUCGGCGCCCUGGGCGAGGACUACGAGAAGACGCGAGACGAGUUCAUUGCCGCCCUGCUCAAAAGCGGAUCCAGCUGGGGUCUCCCCGUCGCCGCCGGCACCGGCGCCCCGCGCACGAUAUGGCGCGCAUUCACCGCCGAGCAGAGCGUCGCCAUCAAGGCUGCCAUCAAGACGCGGCUUGGCCCGAGCUUCACCGUCACGCACCUCGGCCACGCCACCAUGGUCCUCGCCCUGCUCCGCGCCCGGCCCCUGCCGGCCGACGCCCCGGACUCCGUCGCGCUCUCUUCCCCGCUGCCCGUCAAUGGCAGGCGCUACCUCCGCGGCGACGCGGCGCGGCGCUACGGCUCGUGCCAGGCCGGCGCCUCGGUCGAGUUCGCACCGCUGCGCGAGUGGGCCGUGGACGAGGGCGACGCCGAGGCCGUCCGGGCCACGCUGGGGGCGCUGGCCGCGCGCGUCAGGGACGGCUACGAGUAUUGGCUGCGGAACGAGUUCCAGCUCGCCGUCGACCAGGCCAAGGGCAACUUCCUCGCGAGCGUGCUUGGGUCCGACGGCAUCGUGGACAAGUACGUCCCCGGAGAGGUGCUCGGCGCCAGCAGCGAGAAGCUGCUGGUCGUGGAGAGCUGCCUGUUCCACCUCGACACCUAUCUUUCCGACGUGCUCAUCAGGAUGGACAGCUGGAAGGGCGCCACGGGGCUUUCCAUCUGCUUCAACGACGGCCGUCUGGACGAGACGCUCGCGGAGGAAUUUCUUGGCUACAUGGCGGAGUUCAUGCUGAAGUUUGCGGAGCAGUGA